AUUCCAUUUGCUAGAAACAACGGCUGCAAACAUGCCUCUUCCGGAGAAUCAAGAGCUGAAUGCAGUGGCCGACGAUCUCGUAGCCACGAUCCGCGAAGCAUUUGGAACUCCAAAGCACACUCGACCAGUCCACGCCCGCGGUCAGCUCACAAAAGGCACAUUCGUCCCAUCACCAGGCGCGAAAUACCUCUCCAAAGCUCCCAUCUUCGAGAAGCCAUCUACAGACCUCCUCGCGCGCUUCAGCUGUGACACUGGAUUCUCCGAUAUUGCCGAUACCCACAAAGAUUCGAAUCCCAGAGGUCUUGCCAUUAGAUUUCUCUUAUCUGAAGAUGGACACACACACUUCGAUCUGAUCACCAACACUGCCAUUGGAUUUGCCGUCGACCGUGGCGAAGGUUUCCUUGCCAUGUUUAAGCACGCGCUGGGUAAGAUCACUGAGGAGCAGCUGCAUAAAGACUGGCCCUUUGUUGCUUGGUAUCAGCGAAAUAGGAAGCCACUUUGGCCAAUGUCGUUCGCUUCGGAGCAGUGGCAUGGAAUUCAUGCUUUCUCGCUUGAUGGCCAUGAUGGAAAGAGGACAUUUUUCCGUACGCGCUUGGUGCCACCACAAGGCGUAAUGAAAAUGGGCGAAGAAGAGACCAAGGAGAAGAAAGGCACAUAUCUAUUCGACAACCUCGAAGAGCGCCUCACCGCGAACCCACCAAAACCAAUCGUUUACAACUGGAUGGCACAAAUCGCCGACCCAGCCGUUGACAACCUCAACGACUCGAGCAGCGAAUGGCCGGAAGAUAGGGAAUUCGUUCAUCUCGGAACUUUUACGUUCGACAGACUUUGGACCAUGAAUGAGGGUGAGGUCCCAGGCCGUGACCAGCAGAGAAUCAUUUUCGACCCUAAGCCGAGAUACAUGGAAGGUAUUGGUAUCAGCGAUGACCCGAUUAUUGAGAUGAGGACUUCUGUGUACCUUAAGAGUGGGCUGAUCAGGAGAGAGGCGAAUGGUGUUGCUGGGAGAGAUACUCCUGGCCACUGCGUCGGUCGGUAGGCAUUCUAGAAGUUCAUGUACAGAGAGUUACGAAUAGCAAGCCAGCAAGCUUUU